AAGUUAUCCCCUUUGGCUGAAAUAGAAGGAGAGAGCCAAAGCCAACCAAGCAGAACUGUGAAAGGGUGAGCCAGUGGGAAAGCCGAGCUGCGGAGUUGGUGGAGAAGAAAGAACGAAACUUCUCUCUUUCUCUCUCUCUCCUCCUCCUCCUCUUCCCGGUUCCUUCCUUCCUCACUCUCUCCCCCUCUUUCUCGCUCUAGGGUUUUGGUUCUCCCCCCCAAUUCUCGAUCAAAUUCCGACGAACCCACCUUGCCAAAUUCACCGCGAUUUCGCUUCUUUCCUUUGUCCGCCGAUCGAACUGAAAUUAGCUGCCAUCUGGGCUCCGAUCGAGGGAAGGGAGAAAAACCAAGUUUCUAAUUAGUUUCGCGAAUGGCUUCCGACACAUGGGGCUCCCGAUUCUCCACUACUCGCCGCUACCAAUCUCGACCCGAUCAAUUUGAGGAAGGGGAGGUGGAAGAUGAUUCCAAAGCUGAGUUCUUGUGCCCGUUUUGCGCCGAGGAUUUCGAUGUCUUGGGGCUCUGUUGUCAUAUGGACGAGGAGCAUCCCGUCGAGACCAAAAAUGGGGUGUGCCCUGUCUGUGCUAAAAGAGUGGGAAUGGAUAUAGUUGGCCACAUCACUACACAACAUCAGAACUUCUUUAAGAUAUCCUUUGCUUCUUCAAAGUUGCGCAAAGGUGGAUCCAACACGCCGUUUGCGAUAUUGAGGAAAGAACUCCGCGAUGGAAGCUUACAGUCGCUCCUUGGUGGAUCUUCAUACUUCGCCUCGACUACAGAGCCUGAUCCGCUGCUCUCUUCCUUCAUGUUUAGUCCUGCUGGACUCAGUGAACCGAAAUCCAUUCUCCCUGCUGCUGCUUCAGAUGUCGCAACAAGUCCAGCAAUGGUAAAACCGAUCGAGGAAUCACUAGAAAGGGUUGUAGAGCCAUCAUCGAAUGCGGUAUCAGACAAGGACCACGAGGAGAGGUCUCGUCGAUGCGAGUUUGUUCGAGGAUUGGUGCUGUCCACCAUCCUAGAUGAGUUAUGAGUUAGCUGGAAUAAUGGAGAGAUGUUCUCUUCUCUGUGAAGUCUGUAGUAUAUAUAUAAGGUAAUGGUGUACUGAAAUGAGGAGAGGGGAAAAUGGCCAAAAAGUGUCCAUUUCAUGCUUACCUAAUGUACCGAUGGCACAGAAUCAUCCAUAUCUGUAACAUAAUAUAUUAUAUAUUAUCGUUUAUAUAAUUUUAAAAUUAUCAUAAUUUUGCACCGAUGACAAC